CUCAUGUUUACCUCGUUGGCAUAUCCUGCUUCGGGUUUCCCUAGCUAUUAACGAUGACAUAAUUUUUACGAAUUUUUUACACUGAAUUUGCUUUUAGGAUUAAUUUGUUGCCUCGUUGCCACCCUGCCAGCAGAUUCUCAACAAACAUUUCUAUUGAAAAGGGAAUGGCGUCGAAAAAUGAUCCAUUUCAAUUUCAAGAAUUUGAUGAAGCCGGGAGUCUUCUGGAAUCUAACAGAGAUGCAAUCACCAUUAGCAUUGAGGAUGAGGAUUUAAAAUCCAAGAGGCAAAGAAGUGCUGUUGGUUUUGCUCAAGAUGUUGAUGAUGAAGAACCACUCAUCAAUGAGGACAGAGAAGAGCUUUUGUCUGGGAAAAAGAAAAAUGCUCCUUUCUGGACUUUUGAAUACUACCAGAAAUUCUUUGACAUUGAAACCCAUCAUGUGAAGGAGAGGAUCCUUGGCUCACUGGUGCCGUGGCCUGGAAAAAACUUCAUUCAAGUUCACCUUCGUAAAAACCCAGAUCUUUAUGGACCAUUUUGGAUUUGCACCACUCUUGUGUUUGCCAUUGCUAUCAGUGGAAACCUAUCUACUUUCUUGCGAUACUUUGGCAAUUCAAACUAUAAAUAUACAGCAGAGUUUGGAAAAGUGAGCAUAGCUGCCACAGCCAUCUUCGGCUAUGCAUGGCUUGUGCCCCUUGGUCUCUGGGGUUUGCUGCUGUGGAGGAAUAAUAAAAUCUUGAACCUGGUCUCAUACUCGUUUAUGGAGAUUGUCUGUGUCUACGGAUAUUCACUGGCAGUUUACAUUCCAGCUGUGGUUCUGUGGAUUCCACACGUUGAGUGGCUGAGGUGGCUCUCCAUCGUGGUGGCGCUCUGCCUGUCCAGCUCAGUACUGGUGAUGACGUUCUGGCCUGCACUCAGAGACGACCAUCCCAAAGUCAUCAUAGCGACUGUACUAGGCAUUGUGCUGCUGAACGGGCUGCUGGCUGUAGGCUGUAAGAUGUACUUCUUCAGCGAACCAAAGCUCGGACCAGCACAUGUCAGUACCUCUACAGCAAAGAUUACCAAUGGAACGUUGUCUUGAAGGACCUGCAUUCAUUGAGUGAAGGUUCUCCAGUUGCAUUAUUAGAGAGACUCAAGUUCCUGCUUUGAUGAAGUCAUGGGUGGACUGGAUUUCACCGGUACCUCAGCGCUUCCGGAUUAAGGCCUUAAAAGCUGACUUGUAACUUCGGUGCAGGGUCAUGACCUCUGAAAAUGAAAACUGUUCUCCAGUAUGUUACUUCUAAAGGGAUGGCUUCUAAACUUACUUAAGUUAAUUUGGGUGUAGUAUUACACAGCACACACAAUGUUAUUGUGGUGGUGAUGUUGUUUCCAGCUUUAUAGCACUAAUGUUAAAAUGUAAAAGAAAAAAAUGGUUGGUGAUUUCAGGAUCAGUGGUAUUUCAUUGAUCUAUUUUUUUUUAAAGUUUUAUAGUUGUUUCAUAUAUACCCUCUGAAGGUAAAGGUGUUGUAUUUUCUUAAUAUUAAGUGCCUUUAACUAUUGCCAAAGGCUGGCAAGAUGUCAUAGUAAUGUUUGUAAAUAUUCUAUAAAUAAUUUGUUGUCACGGAAAAUUAUAGUAAAAUCUAUUAAAAUCCAUGUUUAUUUGUGUAUUCAAUGUUAAUGUAGAGGCAAAAACUUUUAUGAUUUGAGAGUAGAAGGGAUGAUGGUGGCGACAGUGGUAGGAGUUUGCCCGGCAAUCGGCAAUCCCCACUUCACUUGCACCUUUUCACACUUCACCCACCUUGCCUUGUGGUGGUCAGAAGGGUCCGGUGGCACUGGUGCAUGGCAGCCUCGCUAUGAAAAAAGGUAGAUAUUUCCCAGCAAUGUGUGUUUCUUUUUUAAUAAUAAGACACGAAGUGCAAGAUUUGCUUGGUUUUUGCAGUUGGGAAAGAAUGUUCUUGCAAUAUCACAGUGUGAAUGGGUUUAUUGUCCCAUUGCAUACAGGGCAAUUCUGGAGGAAAACCUGACGGCGGUUAUGUAAAACUUAAGAAUUAAAUCCACCUUCCAGUCAGGCAACAACAAUAAACAUACAGCCAGCGAUACGAUUAAAAUGAUUGAAGCAUAUUAAUAAUCUUGACUCAUUCCAAUGGCCGUAUAGAAAUUGUUGUUUGGAUUCCCUGAACAUUCAAUUUGACAGAUGUUGGACUGCCUGGCAAUAGUGGUAGGAGUUUGAAAUUCCUACCGGUUUGAUCCCUGCUCCACUGCCUUUGUUAUUAUGUUCUUGGGCAAAAAACCUUCUUCUACCUUUUCUGUUGGUGGGGGUCAGAAGGGCCGAUGCCACAAUACACCAGCCUCACUUCUAUCUGACUAGGGAGGCAGUGGCUACAAUACAGUUGCUUACCAUCAUCAGUGUGUGAAUGGGAAUGACUAGAUCUCAUUUAAAGUGUCAUGUAAGUCCAAUGUCAUUUCAUUUUACCUUUCUACUUCAAAAUAUGCUCUACUUUGUAUGGAUACUUAAAAUCUAUUGAGGGUUAUGUGACAAAAUGUAUAAAGGUUCACUGAAGAAGAA